AUGGCCCGUCGGUCGGUGCUGAUGGUGAGUCUGGGGCUCGUGCUGUUGGUGUGUUCCCGUGAGGUGGAGGCGCGUGUCAGGCUGAACUCCAUCAGGACGGUGAUCCUGAGGGAGGGGCACGCGCUGCCGGUUAACCGCAGCACGUGGGAGCCGAGUGUGGACCUGACGCUCUACCAGUGCAUGAGCGACCUGGAGUGCAGUGAGGGGAGCUACUGCCACGCCCCCUCCAAAGGCCCCGCCCACUCCCAGUGCCAGACCUGUCGCAGAAGGAAGAGGCGUUGCCACAGGGAUGGCAUGUGUUGCCCAGGCAACCGCUGCAGCAACAAUAUCUGUGUCCCUGAUGUGGACAGUUUCGUGUCUCAGAGGAUCCCAGACUCAGACGGAGAGAUGAGUCCACUGUCUAAAAGGAAAGGAUGGAAGAAAAGAGGGAGAAUGGACGUCAAAGGGGCCACUGGUAAAGGUCAGGUCGGGGAUCCCUGCCUGCGCUCGUCUGACUGUUCAGACAGUUUGUGCUGCGCCCGUCACUUCUGGACUCGUAUCUGUAAGCCGGUGCUGAGCGAGGGACAGGUGUGCACGCGACACCGCCGGAAAGGGAACCACGGCCUGGAGCUGUUCCAGCGCUGCCCGUGUGGGGACGGGCUGAGCUGCCGCACGCUGCGAGAGCCCAGCGCGCAGCCUUCAUCACCAUCAUCACCAUCUUCCUCAUCAUCACUCCUGGCGGCCGCAGCAAGGUCCAAGUUUGCAUCGUCCUCUUCCUCGUCUCGCCACUCGUCUCCUCACACGUCUUUGCUGUCUUCGACCUCUUCAUCAUCAACAAAGUCUUCAUCGUUGUCUGCAGUGGCAAAAACAAGACUGCAUGUGUGCCAGAAAAACUGAGGAAGGAUGGACAGGUGGAAAGAAAGACAGACUGAUGGACGGGAGGCGAGAGGAAGAGUGAUUUGGAAGGAGGGAAAGACUGAAGGAGGGAAAGACCUCCCUCUCUUUGCCCAUGAUCGACCCCAGAGGGAACGAGAGGCAGAGACAGAAGAAGAAGAGUGAGACAGAGUGAAAUGGAGGGAGGGGUGAAUAACC